AAGGAAGGAAAAGGGAAAGGAAAAAAGGGAAUGAAGAAGGAAGGAAAAGGGAAAGAAACGAAAAUUCAGGCUGAGCUGGGGGUCGGGGGGGGCUGCCCCCGCUCUGCCCCUUCCCGGGGGAUUCACCCGGGCGAGCCGCCUGAGGCUGAGGCCGAAGCUGAGGAUGAGGCUGAAGCCGAGGAUGAGGCUGAGGCUGAGGAUGAGGCUGAGGCCGAGGCCGAAGCUGAGACUGAGGAUGAGGCUGAGGCCGAAGCUGAGGAUGAGGCUGAGGAUGAGGCUGAGGAUGAGGCUGAGGAUGAGGCUGAGGCCAAAGCUGAGGCCGAAGCUGAGGCUGAGGCUGAGGCUGAGGCCGAAGCUGAGGCUGAGGCUGAGGCCUUAGGAUGA